CUGUCUAUUGUGCGAAAAAUUCUCGCAGAUUGUUGGCACACGAACUCCGUUUUAUAAGGUCGUCUCUCUCCGUUGUAGACAACGAAAACUUUAUGCUGGUCAACUUGAAAUGGGAAUGGCUUACGAAAUGAGAAGAAACCCAGUGCGGGUCGGAAUGUAUGAUAUUGAAAAGACAAUUGGAAAGGGUAACUUUGCCGUCGUUAAAUUGGCGCAACAUCGCACGACCAAGAGUCAGGUCGCGAUAAAAAUAAUUGACAAGACAUUGCUUGACGAGGCAAAUUUAAAGAAGGUAUACCGCGAAGUGCAAAUCAUGAAACUUCUACAUCAUCCUCACGUUGUUAAGCUGUAUCAGGUGAUGGAAACUAAGGAUAUGCUGUAUUUAGUCACCGAGUAUGCGAGCAACGGCGAAAUGUUCGAGCAUCUUGCUAAAAAUGGCAGCAUGACCGAAAAGGACGCUAAAAAGAUAUUUGCUCAGAUUCUUGUAGCUGUUGAAUAUUGUCAUAAGAGACAUGUGGUUCAUCGUGAUCUUAAAACUGAAAAUUUGUUGUUAGACUCAAAGAACAAUAUCAAAAUAGCAGAUUUUGGAUUCAGCAACCAUUAUUCUCCUGGAAGCAUGUUGGAUACAUGGUGUGGAAGCCCACCUUAUGCUGCACCUGAAGUUUUUUCUGGUAAAGUUUAUGAUGGACCUCAGCUAGAUAUAUGGAGUCUUGGUGUUGUGUUGUAUGUCUUGGUGUGUGGAACAUUACCUUUUGACGGAAAAAAUCUUCAAGAUCUGCGCGAUCGAGUGCUCGAGGGAAACUUUAGAGUGCCAUAUUUCAUGUCACACGAAUGCGAAGAUCUUUUGAAGCAUAUGCUUGUUCAAGACCCGAAGCAGAGGUUUACAGUAGAUGAAAUUCGCAAUCACAAGUGGCUAAGAACGGAACCAUCUGUACAAGUUACGCUUAAUAUGAACUGUGAUAUACUCAGCGAGUCAGACAGCGAGCCUGAAGACUUAGAAGAUGACGAACGCGUGUAUAACGAGCGCGCGCUUAGGUUAAUGGAAGGUCUGGGCAUUGAUAUUCCAACGACCAAGAAGUCAAUCAACCACCGAAUGUACGAUCAUCACGCUGCUAUUUAUUACCUUAUCGUGGACAAACUUAAGCAACAACGCUCGAAUGGUCCAGAGAAACAAGAGUCGGUGCAAACUCAAAUACGCCGCCCCAGCAGUCUUGCACAUACGGCCAUUGUACGCUCGACUGUUACAUGCUCGCCUGCGCCCGCCAUGCCGCACUCUGUGUCAGUUACAAGACGACCAAGAAUAUCAGUACCGGUUAACCCUAUAGACAUUGCAAGGCUGGAGGAAAGAGUGCCCACACCUACUGAUAUAGGCCAUGAGAUUCCUGGACUUUGUCGGCAGCUGAGGAACAUUAAUAGUCGUGCACUUCCAACUCAGCCACUACGUCGGAUUACGCAUGCUGUACCACAGACUAUUCAGGAAAAUGUCGAACUAGGGAAGAACAACUUGCAGUUUAAUACUUUGCCGUAUGCCCCUCCGCCUUUGCCUGCAGAACGAAGGAGACGGCAUACAGUAGGCGUUCCUCCUCAAGGUACGAUAAGUGUCCCGUCGGAUCACCCGCUGCUUGCUGGCGGUAUAUCAAACUCGAAUAGCACUAUGUAUGAGAUUGUCCCAAACCCAUCCAUAAUCGUGUCUCCAUCGGAUCGUGUCGACUUUCCAUCGGCGGAUAGCGGUUUUCAUUCGUCAAAUAUUGGUGAAUUGGUGGAAGGGAAUUCGGCGGUUUCCACUGUAUCUCGACGCUUUUCCGAAGGAAACACCUCUCACUUUGUGGACUUUCAUCAGACUCGAACGUACUGUUCAUCGUCCCCGUUACGGUUGAUACAGGAAGAACAUCAAAAACUACAGGAGCUGCACCCACCUUCACUUACACAUGCGCAGUUAUUCGAACAACAGCGCAUGCACACGGUGUACAAAGAAAAAUACGUUGAAAUGGGCGAAGAGCUUAAAAAACACUAUCAAACCACUGUUCAACAGAACGUUAAUGAAACGGAUCAUGCGGAAUCUAUUCCUCUUUCUUCCGAAUUUCAAAAACUCCAGAUUCAGAGGCACACCUUCCAACCCAUUAUGAAGUCGAUGCCGCACAAACGAGCGAGAAAGAAUUCGCCUUAUUCAUUACAUAGACAUAUUGAACGAAUUGACAGUAAUGAUAUCGAGUAUCCUCCAUCGGAAACAGACAGGGACUGUACUCUGUUAAGUUUGUAGUUCGGUUAUAAAUUUAUGAAGGUGUUAGUAUUUGUCAAAAGUGUGUUUGUGUUUGUUAUGUGGCUGAAGUAAUUAUCCAGUUUCCCAACGGACAGCGCGAUAUGCGAUGAUGAAAGGCUGGUCUUCAUAUUCAUAUGACGUCGAGAAGUGGAAGGAGUUCAGUUAAACAGCCUGACAAUUUGGAACGACCAUUCCUUGUUAGAUAGAUAACCGGCUGUUUUCAUUGUUGUUUGUGUAUUGGCACCUUCAAAUGAUGUUUUUGUCUGCGAGGGGCACGAUUUAACAAUUUUUGGCAUCAUUUUGAAACAACAUUCUAUGAGCAAAAGGAAUCAAUCAUACCCCUUCCAGACCGUUGUGUUUCGUUGCAAUUUUCUGUGUCAGUAAUUGUUUUAUUUAUAGUAAAUGCAUUAGAUAGUUCUAUUUAUGAAAAAAAACCCGUAUGUGUAGGAUAUUUGAGCGACUUUGAAUGGGGACUCAGAGUGAAAUAGGUAAUAUUAGCAAUUAUUUUCUAUUGAAAAUUUUAAUUGGUUUGAUUUAUAUUUUGUAAAUAUAUUGUAUAGAUAUAUGCUAUGGCUAAUCCCACAUUCCAUGGAAAUUGAAAUAUAUAUUGUUUUAGCGGAAAA